AUGUCGUUCUCCCCACCCCACCGUAUCCGUUCAGCAGCUAGUGCCACUAGCAAGCAAGAAGACCUGAUCAAUGCGUAUGAAGCUGAGGAAGAACGGAUUAUCAAUGUUUUGUCUAGGAAAUUGGAGCAGCUAAGAGAGGAGAAAAUUGGACUGGAGAAUGCGCUGGAGGCAGAGUCGGAAUCGCAUGUUAAUAGGAUGUCUCGCGAGCUUACUGCUCUAAGGCUAGCCCAACAACAGCAGAAUGGGUCGACGAGCGUGAGUACGUCCCCGGGGUUCCGGACGUUCAUGUCGGGUGGUGGUGGGGACCCCAGUGGGGAAGCGAUGCUUGAGGCCAUGCGUCGUGAGAAUGAACAGCUGAGGAAUAGGCUUGUGGAUACGGAGAGGGAUUAUAUUCGGAUAUCGAGGCUUAAUGAGAUUUACCGGGAGGAGUUGAUUGAGCAUCGACGACGGCUGGGGUUGUCGGUGGACAAUCUGAUAGGACUGCCGUCCCCUGACCCGUUCUCGCAGCCUACCCACCACCGUCGGUCGUCGUUCUCCAACACGUCGUCCCCUUCUAUGUCGAUAUAUCACAUCCCACACCAUAUCCCACGCACAUCAUCGUCCCAUGCGCAUGGUGUCCCCAUCCCGCGUCUACCCGUCUCGCACGCACACAGACCGACGAAUAAUACAUCGGAAAGUAAUACGCCGUUAUCGCACUCCCCGUCCUCCUCCGAAUCGCCGUUCCCGUUCUCCCCCAUCGGAUCAUCAACCAAUCCUGCGAGUUUUCUCAGUUCAACGACGAAUAUUACGACUCCGCCGUCGUCGUUGACUAACGCCAACGUAUCUACGACGAUGUCGUAUAACAACCGCGGUCUUUCCUACCCCUCAGUCCCUCCCCCGUCGCUCUCAUCUUCCUUUGGCUCUCCAAGUGUAUCAUAUCACAUGCCGCACAGGGACAGGGAGCAUUCGCUGUCCCCCAUCGAGCCGCUUAGUCGACGGAACUCGAAUGCGCGGAGGGGGAGCGUUGAUCGGUGGGUUGUUGGGGGUCCGGGUUCUGGGUCUGGGGCUGCUAGUCGACGGGCGAGUGUGGAUCGGGGAGGGGCGAGGGUGGCGGAGACGGGGAGUUUGUUAUCGAUUUCGAGGAGUCGGGCGGGGAGUCAUAGUCAUGGUUUGGCGGCGCCGGUUGAGGUGGGUGGUGUUGAUGAUGAACGAGGUGAAGUCCAUGAGGAUGUGAAGGGCGCUGGCGAGACCCUUGUCAUGUCGUAUCCAUUUGGACAAUUUCCAGCUGAUAAUUAUUCAACGCCUUCUACACCACACGAGCCAUAUCAUCCACAGUGGGAUACUAUUGAACGUGAAAUGCAGCAACUUGAAGAGCAACAGCAGCAGCAGCAACCUCAAGGGGACCUGAUACAACAUUCGCCUACACAGCCUACACCGUAUCAGACAAUACAGCUUGAAGAGCCACCACAUAUAGUUCCAAGUCAAGCAACAGCUCACGACGACACGCCUAUCCUCCUGCAUCCAGUCCAUCACGCCAUGCUCAGCCACGACUCCUCUGGAAGGUCAGAUCUUCCGCCAGUAGUUCCCGAACGCACGCCCCCGCUCGGCCCUUAUAUUGACAUUGACUCGAAACACUCUAGCAGAAGACCAUCGCCCUCUCCAGCCGGCACCUCAUCUUCAACAAUGGCCACUCGCUCAGUGCGCCAUCAAGCUCAACAACUGACCCAUCCGUAUCGGAGGCCCUCGACGGGCCCGGCGAGCGCGAGGCAGCAGCCGCAGUCUCAGCAUUUACCGCCGCGUGAGCAUCAUGUUCGGUUUGCUGCGCAGGUGCCGCCUUUGAGUGCUGCUGCUGCUUCGUCGUCUACGAGGCCCUCACCGCUUGCUCCUUCGCCUGGUAGUCGGAUUACGAGUUUUGGGUCUUCCGUUAGCUCCCCCGCCCCCAACAACCCCUCAACCCUCAUGGCCUCCUCACCCCGCUCCACCGAAGACCCCCUUGCCCGCUCUCCUCCCCGAAGACCGCGGUACCUCAUCCGCUCAGACAUCCACUACGAUCCAAGUUCCAAGACGCUAACAGCAAUGCUUGAGCUGCCCGGCGUGAAAAAGAGUCAAGUGAGGGUGAUCCUUUCGACGUGUUAUUAUAACCGCGUGAAGCAGGUGACGGUGUAUGGGCGUACGAGGCCUGUGUUUCCUGUGGUUGGCUUUCCCCCUGAAGAGGGAGAGGGACCAAGUGAUUUGACUGUGAGAGAGAGAAAGUUUGGUGAAUUUUCGAGAACGUUCGCUGUGCCGGGUGAAACUAAAGUGCGCUUCUUCUCCCUUUCUUCUCUUCCCUCCCCUGUGCAUACUCCAUUUUCGCCCACCCUCUAUCUCUUUUGUGUUUUAAUCCGUGAAGACAUUGAUGCGUCCAUGGUGGAUGGGAUUCUUACUUUGAAGAUCCCGUGUGGGAUGCCAGCUGAGGCGGACGAUGCGCAAGACGUCCCUGUCCGAUGA